CGUUUCUGCAACUCGGAACGCGGUGCUGAAUGUGAGAGUAUCUUUUUGUUUAUGGAGUGCGCGACUAAGAUACAUUUCAUACUCGAGGCGCUGACGAGUUUUCCGAAAGCGGUUGAUGCGGUCGCGAUUUCACUCUAGGUCGUUUGGCUGGAGAAGCAUUUUUCUACCCCCACCCCCAAGUCGGUGGAUUUGUAUGGAUGGACAGUGGUCAUACUAAAUAUAAUUUUGUUAUUGUUGUUGGUGUUCCAAUGAAGCUCGUCUUCCUCCUGGUCUUCGCUAACCAUUUGGCAUUACGUUGUUUUUAACUUUGACUUUAAACAAAAAUUUCAGUUACGGCCGAGAUUUCAACAAAACUAGACGUCGAUGACGAUAGUAGCCCGUGACGAUAGCUAAGACCACGCCAAAACAUUUGUCGCAACAAAACGGAAACAAUAAUAAGAUAUUUGUCGUUUGUUUAGCAAAUUUUUUUAGUGGAAUUUUUGCAUAAUUUUAUCGAUUUGGCAAUCCGAUGCGGCGCAUGAAAAUUUACUGAAUUUGAUUGGUUGAAGUGAACAAUUAAGUCUCCAUUCGUUUUUUCCAAUUAAAUAAUAGCCUCACUCGCCGGUGAUUCGCUUGCUAAGCCAUUUUAUUAAUAUCUAUAUUGGCAUUGUAGCUUUUGCGAAAUUUUCGCUGCAGUGUGGAAAAUAGUGCGGACUGCGCGACGCGGAGCUGUAGGUAAAGAGUGUGCAACAUUUUCUAAAUUCGCACUGGCAUCUAGUUAAGUUUUAUGCGCGAUUGUUAUAAGCUAAACAACAAGCGGGACUUGUGCAAAUCUUUUUGGGAAAGUUUCCUAAUUCGUGGGCUGUUUCUCUUGAUAGCCAUUUUUUGGCGCUGAAUGAUACAAAGCGCAUAUUGCGCCAAACCUAUGGUGCAUUCUUCUUGAAUUUAGCAAAUUUGUUUUAAAUUAUUUGGAAAAAUUGUUAAUUUGGAAAGAAUAUCAUAUUCUGAGUGAAUUAAAAAUAUUUCAUCCUCGAUUUGUUGAUAGUUCCGUUGUUUGUGAUUUUUCAAAAUUAUAAAAACUCGUCGUCAGCGAAACGCAACUAGCAAGGACUAGAUACUGGACGUAGGCAGUCAUCUAACGACAACGAAGCGUAAGAUUAGAUACGAGAUGCGGGGCAAUUCGGGUUUCCUGAGGUGGCUGCUAUCCUCCUAUAGUUCUCCUAUGAAUCGGCACAUAUUGCAUGCUUGUAUAAUUAUGGCAGUGAUUUCAACAAUAGCGGCUGGUCCACUGAACACUCGUCCACGAAGGAUGAUUCGGGAUGUCUACUCGGAAUUCGAUUCGCAAUCUCAGAAUAUCACGCAACCAACAGCGGGAGUAUGUUUACAUGAUGGAGUCGCCGUCCCCGAAACAUCGGUGGUGUGCGUGAAAAAGGCUGGUUGCCGAGCUAUACAGAAAACAGGAUAUUGUUGUCCAGAUUACCAAUGCGAUUGCGAACGAAAUGGCAAAAUCUACGCAAAUGGUGAGAAGCUAGUCGACCCAGAGGAUCCAUGCAAGGGUUGUUAUUGCCAAGGUGGAGAGAUCUUAUGUAACAAAGUUAACUGCUAUAUUCGACACGACUGUGAACCCAAAUUUAUUGCUGGCAGAUGUUGCCCAGAAUAUGAUAACUGUCCACCAAUCGAUUCAGGACGACCAGCUUUGAUAUCUUCAACCACUGCUUCACCAGAAGCUUCCGCCAGCACAUCAGGAGAUUCUAACGAAAACCCAGUGUCAUCAGCUCCAACACUUGCAUCGAAUAAGCAACAGGAAAUGCUCAACAAUAACCCACUUGGAAUUAAAAUUAAAGAAAUUACCAAACCAGAAGAAAUCCGAAUCAUCGACGAGAAACCGAAACAAACCUAUCAAAUAAUCAAACCAUUCGAAAGCAACGGUUCAAACCAACCUAAAAUCUAUGCACCAACCGCGCCGCGAAUUGAACCGAUUGCUCCCCAGCCACCAACCGUUCUGGUCGCAAACCCUGUUAUAAACUCACCACCGAACACGGUUGAGAUCGACGAUGAACAGGUACCGGCUAUUGCGUCCUCGAUUCUAGCUAGCCAAGACGCCGAGGCAAAGAAAACAACCAGUGCUGAAAAAAGUCCCAGCACAGUUGAGACCAGCACCGAACCGGUUAAUAAACUCGAAAGUGCCGAAGGUAACUCAAUCACCGAUGAAGAUGCACUGAAGAUUGUUCGUCACACCGAUUCCGUGCAAAUGGACCAAGCUUCUGCAGAGAAUGCAUCCAUAGCGGCGAAUGUGAGCGACUCAGAAAAAGAUGUCCCAGGAACAGGUGGAAAAGAAGUUGUCAUAGUGGAUAGUAACGGUCAAACGAAACCAAUAACGGUUUUCGGUGUCGAAGGGCUACAGAGAGGCGAUGAGCUAGACGAGGUUCUCGAAUACGACGAAAAGAAAACGGCAUCGAAACGCUCAGAUGUUCCUCAGAUAAAUCUCGAUAUUAGUACAGAAGGUCCUGGGGAUCACAGCACAGCACCGGAGUUGAUCUAUGAAAAUUCGAGUAGCACUGGCCAAAGCAAUCCCUCGGAUUUCAAAACGGUCAGCGAAGUAGAUCCUGUUGGAUCCAGCAGUGACGAUGUUAUCCGUAUUGCCCUCACAUCAGAUACCCUAGAUUCCACUACAGAAGGACUAAGCGUAGAUGGACGAUUGUCCACGUCGAAUUCGAGCGAAGUAUUCGAGACCGUCUAUCAAACUUUAGAUAACGAGGAUUCAGAUGUGGAGGAUAGUCAAGCGCAUGGUUCUGUUUUCCAUACAGUGUAUCGUGAGCCCGAUGAGAUUGCUCCUCUUGUAGCAUGGACCGAAGGACCGAAAGUUGCGGAAAUGGACGCCAUUGAAAGUGACGAUCACGAUGCCGAUAUAAACCCAGCUUAUCCCAAGCAAAGUGAUGACCUCAGUAUAUACCAAACUCAGGUUCGUGCAGAAGAAGAAAAUAUGUCCGCCAAGGAUGAAAAAAUUCUACCAGAUAUCCUCGACCUGCUCAGCAAUUCCACAUAUUCAUACAACAGCACAACAGUUGCCCCAGAAAGUUGGCUGAAGCAAAACGGAAACAGUUCAACCACUGAAGGUAUGCCCAUCGAUGAUGAAACUGCUCUUAUACCCCAAGAGCGUUCUCCGGGUGAACCACUUCUCAUCCCUGAAUGGGAAAGAAAUACAACUGAGUCAACAACACAAAAUUCUACAUCCUCAGAUGAGAGUCUGGAAGAGGAGGCCCUGCUGCCAAAUGGAGAAGCGACCGAACUGGAUAGCAUUGCAAGCGGUGAUGGCCCAGCAAAAAAAUUCAAGGAACGAGAACCGACCACUCCGAACGUAAGAAGAUUGAUUGACAUCGAUGAAGAUGGAUCAGGUGGUCUUGAGCACCAUCCUAAAGACGAUAUUGAAAGUCUCAAAAUUCAAGAUGGCAGUGGUGAUUCAUCAACAUAUCUAAAACCUUAUUUAGAUUCAUCAGUAAGAUCCUUCGUGAAUGUUUUAGACGAUUUUUGGAGAUUUGCUUAAUUUUCCGCUCAUAUUGUUUUUCAUUUACAAACAUUUUGAACUGAAGUCAAAAAAAGUCAAGUAGAUUCCUUUCAAAUAUGGUUCGAAAUUAAUAAUCAAAGAGUUCACAGUGGUCAAAUCGGGAUUAAUUUGGCUAAAAAUAUCACAGCUUUAGGCUGUCCAUAUUUGUUUGCUUCGAUCUUUGUCAUUAUCCUGACUUGUCUGAGACACUCGUUCCAUUAUCGUAUUUAGAAAAUCAUUUUAUAUUUAAUUUUAUUGAUUUUAUUCAAUUGAAAAUAAUCUUGAUCAAGAAAGUAUCAGGAAUUUUAUUCUAAGUUGCCACAAGACUUUUUAUCGCCUCCCAUUUUUAGAAAACUUAAUGUUUCUCUUUGUCCAAAUUCAAAAACGUGAAACAUCCCUUCUAAUUUUUAAUCGAUACGCACUCUCAUUGUCACCGCAUGCGUGCAGUGGGACAUAUUCAAUCAAUUUUUAGUUUUAAGAAAGUUUCAACGAAAGAGAAAAACUCAAGACAACAUCAAAAUAUCAUUUUUUAGAAAUAAAAUUUAGACAUAAUUAUCAAAUAAAGAUAUUUUUUAGAAUAAAUUUCAAAUAAAAUAUUUAUAAACGCAAAUUAGAAAGGAGAGAAAGGAGAAGGGAAGGUUCAUUGAUUCGUCCAAUUAAUCGUAUCUAGAUAUUAGUGUGUUAUCAUGACGUUACUAAACCUUGUCUUCUCCCGUUUGGAUGAGGAAAAAAGUCCGUUUUGCUUAAGGUAUCUGCAUCGGAUUUUUUUUAGACUCAUCUCACUUCGACUAGCAUCAUUUAGAAAUUCAUUCGAGAAAAUGGCGCCUAUUUUCUUGCUUAAUUGUUUACAAGUAACAAAAUAAAAGUGAAAUGUUAUUAAGAUGAAUGACGAUGCGUAGCAGAGUAAAUUUUAAAAAUUAUUUAUUGAAACACGUAAAUUAAAUCAAAUAAAGAUAAUAAAACUAUUAAA